CAGAGCUUUCUACUACACACACCUACAUAUAAGGUACCUACCUAGGUAGGUAUAUAUAUCAUUGAUUUACUUAAGCAAUACCCAAUAAGUGUUUUAGUUAUAUAUGCCGCCCUUGAAAAUGUCGAGUCUUAUGAAUAUCCUCGCUGUGAACACGACGACAGCUGACUCCUUUUCAAUCGCUGGAAAAAUCGCCGUCGUUACCGGUAGUGGUCGUGGGAACGGGAUAGGGGCUGCCACGGCCAGGGUGUUAGCCCGUAAUGGUGCCUCCGUAGCGAUUACCUACAUGUCGGAGAGCUCGGCUCAGGGGGCGUACGAGAUAGCCCAGUCGAUCCGGGACGACUACGGGGUCGGCGUAGCAUGCAUACAAGGAGACGUAUCCACGCCGAAAGGGUCACGGAAGAUCAUCCUCGAAACUAUGGAGCAGCUCGGGGUAAACCACAUCGAUAUCCUCGUGAAUAACGCCGGUUACGGGGUAACCCGACUCCUCCGCGAAACCGACUUCGAGCUGUGCCAGCGCACCUUCGCCACCAACGUCUACGGCCAGCUGUUCAUGACCCAGGCGGCCGUCGACCAGGGCCGCAUGCCCCCCGGGGGACGCAUCAUCAACAUCGGCAGCAUAUCGUCCCGGAUCCAGCCCGCUCUCGUCGGGAUAUACGCGGCGUCGAAAGCGGCGCAGGACAGUCUCACUACGUCGUGGGCCGGCGAGCUCGGCCGAACGCACGGCAUCACGGUCAACACGGUGGCGCCGGGCCCCGUCGUUACGGAGAUAACUAAGGACUCGCCGGAAGUACUUGACCCGCUGGUCCUGCUGCAGCGAGGGACGGAACGUAGGGGUGCGCCGGAGGAUAUUGCUGAUGCGGUGCUGCUGCUUGCGUCGGAGAAGAGCCAUUGGAUCACGGGUCAGUUUAUCGCUGCCGACGCUGGUAUUACCGGAAUCAGGUAGAAGGUACCUAUAUACAAGGAAGAUGAUGGAUAGAAGGAAAGACUACCUACCUACUCUAAUAUUAAUUUAAAUUAGACGGAGUGUAGAGGUGGUAUACCUAAGGUAGAGCGGCCAGUGAGGUAUUUAUUUUGUCAUAUAUUAUUAGCGACCAGCCGUAUAGGGGUAUCCCCAACAUAAUUAUUUCGUUAUAUUUUUCCCUUCAUAACAAUUUCUAAUCCGACGAUGAUCCACAUAGUAGUCAGAGAGCAGGCUCCUUCACCUGCUACCACCUCCUGAAAGACUAAGCAGACAUCCAGGCGAUGCCUAAGGAGGUACCUUCUAUUGCAACGCACUCGCUUCCAAAUACCCAUCAACCUCACGACAAAGCGCCGUCGACCUCCCCAUAUCAAUCGCAUCCACCCAAAUAACCCCCCUCGCAACCGCAACCGCCUCCUCCCCCUUCCUCAACCCCAUCAUCUGCAUGAUCCCCACAAUAGUCAGGAUAUGCCACGCCCGACUCGGGCUCCCCCCCUCCC